CAAAGCCGUAACGACUAAGCAAAGUAGCAAACCAGGAGAGGAAGCAAAAACCGAUCUUGGUCUUCUUCUUAUUCCUCUCCCUCUAUCGAGAUUCGAGAGAAAUAGAGUCAGAGAGAGAGAGAGAAUGGGAGUUCUGUCAAACAAGAUUUCUCGAGAUCAACUGAAGCCAGGAGAUCACAUCUACUCAUGGAGGCAGGCCUUCAUCUACGCCCACCACGGAAUAUAUGUGGGUGAUGAAAUGGUGAUCCACUUCACUCGAGGAGCAGGGCAGGAAAUUGGCACAGGAACUGUCCUAGAUCGUGUUAUUUUCAGCUCAUCGGCUCAAACAUCUGGAAAUCCAUGCCCUAAGUGUGGUGACCACUCAAGAGUUGAUGGUGUGAUUUCAUCUUGUAUUGACUGCUUCCUCUGUGGUGGCGAUCUCCAUCUCUUUGAGUACGGAGUCUCGCCAGCCUUAUUUGUUGUCCAAGCUCGAGGAGGAACCUGCACUCUUGCUUCUUCUGACCCGCCAGAGGUUGUUCUUCAUCGUGCUUCUUUUCUCCUCCAAAAUGGUUUUGGUGUUUAUAACGUUUUCAAGAACAACUGCGAAGAUUUUGCAAUCUACUGCAAGACUGGUUUGCUUAUUAGCACUAGCCUCAGUGUUGGUCGGAGUGGACAGGCAGCAUCAUUUCUAGCAGCUGCUAGUGCGAUCAUUUCUUCCCCGCUAAGAUUUUUGACAACCAGCUUUAGUGGAUUGGCAGCCGUUGGUUGUGGUAUGUAUUGCAUUAGCAGGUUGGUUUCAGAUAUGGGUGUACGUCGCGAUGUCAUCAAAGUCCCAGUCGAAGAUCUCAUUAAACCUUCUGGCGUCGUUGAAUCAGACAUUUCAACUGAGAUGGCCAAGGAAAGAUAAUCAUUAUGUAUUGAAUAACUCUGUGUGGAUUGCAAUUGUCGUUUCUGUUUCUCUCUUGAUUGUUUGCAAUGGUGAUCAAAUAAAACCGCGAUUUUAUGUAUUAUUGCUAAUUCUUGAUGGUGUUCUGUUGAAUGUUCUUGGUUAAGUGUUUAUUGGGUUAAUGCUGUAUGUUUUAAAUUUUUGACAGGUGAAUACAAGUGUACUCCAUAUG